AUGAAAAUUUCAAGUUCAAAACCCUAGUUUCUCCCCGUCUAGGGUUUAAGCAGCAGAAGGUUUCCAAACAAAGCCCGACUUAUUCGUGCAUAUAUAUAUACACUUUCGAUGCCUUCCUUUUGCAUAACUAUGAGGAUUAUGUACAAAACCCUAAUCUCACGGUUUCAAAAUGGUGGGGUUUUUGUUUGAUUCCAACAUUGAAGACGACCUCAACAGUCACCUCUCAAAGCUCAGGAGCCCAGACGAUCAAUUUGACCUCUCCAUUCCCGAACUCGACUCUUUCGCAGAUUCAUUUCUUGAUUUAGAUUCCAUAAAGGAUUGGAUGGCCGAAGUUCCAGACCCAAAUUUGAUCCAGCCAAAAUCAGAACUUGAUACGGUUGGUACAGAAGGGGUUGAAUUCGGGGUUGCUCAGAAGGGUAUCAAGAUGGCCGCAGAUGUUUCUCUUAGAGAAACCACUGUUGGUGAGCGAUUUGGUAAUGAGUCUGAGAAAAUGGAAAAUUUUGGUUCUUCGAUUGAGGAAGAGAUGGGGAAGUUUAGUCUGGAAGAGGGAUUAGGUGGUUCGGUUGUUGCCGAUGGGAAUGGUGCGAAGAGCGGUGAAGUAACAGGUAUUAAUGGUACUGAAUCUAAGAGUGUUGACUUUGUCUGUGUUAAUGGGAAUGGUGUGAAGAGUGGUGAAACUGUGAGCAUUGAUGGCAAGGGUGAUAGUAGUGGGGAUGAGAGUGAUAGUAGUUCAGAGUCGGAGAGUGAGAGUUCUUCAUCAUCAUCAUCUGCGUCAUCUUCUAGUAGUGAAGAUGAUGAGGUUGAGCAGCAGGAUGUAGAAGGGGAGGAGGAAGAAGAUAAAGAUGAAGAGGAUGAGCGGGAGAAGGGAAAGUUAACUAGAGACACAGAUGUAGAAGAAGGUGAGAUUAGGGAUUCUGAUGGAGGGGAGAUGAUUACUUGGAGUGAUGGUGAGGACGAUGAAGAUGAUGGUGGUGGUGGCAGUGUUACAAAAGGACCCAUUAGGUCCAAGAAUGAGCUUAAGGAUCUCCCUCCAGUUCCUCCAGUGAAUGUGACCUUGCAACCGUAUCAUCAGACCCUACCAGUAGGAUUUGUUUUAUCGAUUAUCGGUUCCCAAGUCAUUGUGGAAGGGGCGGAGAAGCACAACCCUCUUAACGAGGGUUCUAUCCUCUGGAUAACAGGAAGCAGAUCCCCAUUAGGGCUUGUUGAUGAAAUUUUUGGACCUGUCAAGAAUCCUUAUUACAUGGUAAGAUACAAUUCAGACAAUGAAGUCCCUGUUGGGAUUCAACAAGGCACUCUGAUCUCUUUUGUCCCAGAAUUUGUGGAUCAUGUCCUCAAAGACCCCAAUCUUUACAAGAAAGGGUAUGAUGCAUCUGGUGAAAAUGACGAAGAGAUGUCGGAUGAGGCAGAGUUUUCAGAUGAUGAGAAAGAGGCUGAAUACAGGAGGAUGCUGAAGAUGACAAAAAGGGGGGGAACUAAUGACCAGAAACAUGGAAACACAAAAAAAGGUAGGAAGUUCAAAAAUCGUGGCGGAACAUGGAAAAAUGGUCAACCUUCAACCUCAGAAGAGCUAGAUGUUUCCAGGAAAAAUGGUCAACCUUCAGCCUCAGAAGGGCUAGUAGAUGUGUGCAAGCUUCCACCUAACCAAAACCAACAUUGUAUCGCACCCUUUGCAGUGCCACUAGACCGUGGUAAUUUUCCUCACUCCUUUGGCCAAGGUCAAGGCUUUAACCAAGGACAAGGCUUUACUGGCGGUCCAGGCUGCGUUCCACCAUUUCUGCAACUGGCGCAGGCCCCUGGUUUUGUUACACCUUCUAAUGGGGUUUUUACAAAUGGGAUGCCGUGUCAGCAGCAACAAGGCACUGUUCUUCCUAAUGGAUAUCCAACAAAUAGUAUGCCGUGGCUGCAACAGACUCAUCUUCAGCAAUCCUAUCAGAUGCCUUUCCCGAACAGAAUGCCAUUUCAACAGCAGUUCAAUCCUAGCCAGAUGUUACCAUCUAAUCUUGUUUUACCAGGUCAGCAGUCAUAUUUUUCUGCAGGACCCGCAUAUGCGCCUUGGCCUCCAUAUGCAAGCCAAAGUGGCUUCAACCAAACACCGUUUGGGAUGGAAUUGCGGAACCAGCAUCCUUGCCCACCCAUAAAUGUGGAAGAACAAGGAGCUCCGUCAAGUGGAAUGCAAAAAGAAAACAAUUGUGAUCUUCAGCCACCACCUGUUAAUCCAGGCCACAUUGAAGCUUCUCAGAAUUUUAAUCAGGCUGUGUAUCUUGGUCGUGGUGGGAGACAAUACCCCAGAGGCGGCGGUCGUUUCGGAAGAGGGAGAGGUAGAGGGAGAGCCCAGCAGCAAUCCAAAUAAUUAGUUGGUGUUGUAGAUAAACUUAUAAUAGUCUUUGUAAAGAGGCUGGCAUUUUGAAACUUGUUUGCCUUUCCUGUAUGCGAUUGGGUUUGAGGGCUAGUGGCUUCUUUAUUGGACAUCCUUUUUGUUUUCCUCC